AGUGAAAUGCCAUUAAUACCUGCUUGCUCAUCUAAAAAGUCACGAAACAGUUUAUUUUACUUUGCAAUUUAUAUCGGAUAUAAUUAAAAUACGUUUAUUGCCAGCUAUUAGCCAUGCUAUGGUAGAGACGUCAUAAAUAUGCGACACACGACUCGCGGUGACACACGGAGGAAAAUAAGUCGCCUCGUUUGUAGUUAGGGACACAUCGCUACGACGUUAAAAUGUGCAAAGUCCGAAUGUUGAGAACGUUGGUGAAGCAGCGACUAAACGUGGCGGUCGAAGAGAUAUUUGAACUAUUCGAAAGAACUAUAGCAGAGUAUGAGGAGGAACUUUGUCGAAGCAAAGAGGAGACCGAGCGACAACGCGAAUUACUGGACUCUGUUUACAAGCCUCGGGUUGGGCUACAGAGAGCAGACAUUCAGCAAGUGCUCGUGAAGACUCAAGAUGAGGUUCCCUCUGACCAUAAGCAGAAAGAAUGGGGCUCCAAUGUGGAUGUUAAAGAAGAAGACAAAUCAGAAGAGGACAUGUGGAGUAAACUGGAUGGGGAGACUGACGUUACUGCGGUCACGUUGACUGGUGUUGCUGUGAACCGUGAAGAUGCCCAAGCUCCGUCCUCACAGCUUCAUCACAGUGAGGAGAACACAGGCAGCAGUUCAAGUCAAAAUUGUGGAGGAUCACACUCAGAUGACUGUGCUCCAACAUCAGCUUUGGGCAACAGGAUAUCACAGUUUUCUGACAUAAAAAAAAAAACUCCUAAAAGCGCGCAUGAUGAUGUUAAUCCGUUUAUCUGCUCUGAAUGCGGGAAAGCCUUUGUCCAGAAGUUCACUUUGAACAGACACAUAAGGAUACACACGGGUGAAAAACCUUUCAGCUGCACAGUUUGUGCUCGGACAUUCUCGAGGAAGUCAGAAAUGACCACUCACGUUUUGACGCACACGGGUGAGAAACCCUUCAAGUGCGCUGCGUGUGACAAAACGUUCUCCGUGAAGAAAUACAUGAUGGCCCACAUGAGGACACACUCCCAGGAGAAACCAUUCGCCUGCUCAGCUUGUGCAAAACGUUUCUCGACAAAAGCGCAUUUGAAGAUACACACCAGGACACACACUGGGGAGAAACCUUUCAGCUGCGAUGUUUGCAACAGGAGCUUCACAAGAAAAUCGGAGAUGAUUACGCACACGGCGACGCACGCAGGCGAGAAGCCUUUCGACUGUUCAGUCUGCGCCAAAAGUUUCUCGGCCCGAAAAUAUUUGAUGAUGCAUAUGAAGAGACACACAGCAGGGAAACCUUUUACCUGCACCGUGUGUGCGAAAAACUUCUCCAGUAAAGCUUAUGUCAUGAUACACAUGAGGACGCAUACCGGGGAGAGAUUGUUCAGUUGUGACACGUGUGAUAAAACAUUCACAUUUAAGACCCAGCUCAACAAUCACGUGUGUACUCGGGACAAAAACAACAGUAAUGACAGCGGAAGACUUUAAAUGUUCAAGUGAAGAUCCGACACUUUGUGUAUCACUCCGUGGUCGUAAUGGUCAUAAUAAACGACUAUCAUAAUCACAUCAGAA